AUGCGUCUUUUGGCAGUAAUUGCGCUCAUCUUUACCACCCUGGUUAUCGCAUCCCCAGUUGACGAUAUCCAUGGGCCUCUCUUGCCAGAUGAGGCCCGUUGCAGGCAUGGAUAUGAUAGCGAUGUUAUGAACGUCACUUUGGUCGAGAGUGUCGGGAACGCUGUUACUCGGACUUUUGCGAACGUUGAAACACUUGGCAUACUCGCCUUUAUUUCCCACAGCUUUCAACAACCUGUGGGAAUUUCAGACCGGCCGGGGAAAGUGUCUCGAGCAGGGGAGGAGUAUCAACCGGGUGUUGGUGCUCGCCCCUGUGCAUUUAAUUUUCGCGAUGCAUCAAAAAUUGGAAUCAAUCUGGAGAAAUUGAACACAACAUUUGGUCCUGUUGAUCCCAUGUAUAUUGGCGAGGUGUGGUGUAGAGUGACUAUUGCCACAACCUCGCAUCUGCCCGAGUCCAUCGCAACGUCCACCGUCCAACCUCCAACCUCCAACACUACCACCGUUAUUUCGCCUGCGAAAGAUUUCCCCGUUCUUCCACAAGACUUUCCGGAUAUGAGCCCGGAGUGGGACUCUCAUGUCUGCAGCACCUCUACAAACGGGGAACGCCAUUUCACCGUCAAGUAUCGGACGAUUGCUCGGCAUGACCUGAAGAGAACGAAUGGCAGCCACUACCCCAGCCUGAACCCUCGCAGGUCUUACGUUCAGGGCUCUGCUCUGCAUUCUGCGAAGCGAUUCAUGAGUGGAUUCCCCAAGAUCGCCAUGGCGGCUUACCUGAUUGAGAGACGAUUCCAGCUUUCGCCUCCAAAUGACCAGAAAAAGCCCCACCCACCCCUCAAAUUCUGGGGGAAGCACACUGUGAAGAUCCGGGACGGUCAAUGGGGUAGUCUCCCGCAGAUGCAGCAGUUUGCAACGGGAACUUCCACCAUGAGGCCAUGA